GCACCGGAGCUCCAGGAAAGCCCCCACCACCACCGCGAGGGCUCAGGGCACCCCGGACCCAGCCACUGGGAGGGAGACAGCUACACGGAGCGUGGCCGGGCCGCCAGCGCCUGGAGCCUCGCUUGUCCCUUCUGUGCAGUGGGGACAGUCGUGUGCUGCCCUGCUGAAAGGUGUUUUAGGUAAAGCUCCUCGCUCAUCGCAGAUGCCUCGAAAAGGGUAGCUAAUUUUUGUAAAUAACCCCCUUUAAGGACGUGCUUGCUAAAGGCCUUCCGGGUUCAGGAAGCAAAAUUAGGCCAGUUUGGGGGCAGGGAGUCCUAUUUAAUGCCGAGCCUACGGCGAGACCCGCUCGGCCGCAGAGCUCCCCUUCGGCCCGGAGCGCGCGCAGAGGGAGGGCAUGGGGUUCCGGCUCAGCUAGGCCUGGGAACGGCGCCCCUCUCCAGCACCCCGGGAGCGCGCCCUACCCGCCCCACCCCCGCUGCGGCUCCCGCGCACCCCGGCUCCGCCCGGUCGCAGGUCCGUGCGCUUCGGCCCUCGUCGCCCCGCCCACUUCAGAGGCCCCCGGAUUUGCCCAGUGAUGGUGACGUAGAGGAGACUCGCGCUCCCAUUGGGAGACGGUGUUAGGCAGGAGCCAAUCCGGGCGCUGAUCCGGGGAGAAAUCUCGGAGCCGCGCUCGGCGGAUCCCGGAGGCCGCGCGGUGGGGACGCGACCCGGAACCGGCCGCGGCGGGAGAGCCGGGAGCCCCCCCAGGCCGGUGUUCGCGGCCGGGAGCGCGGCAGUGCGUUAAUGAACCUGUAUUGAUCUGUUAUUGGCCCAAGUCUGUCCUCCCAAUUUACCGCGUGUCCACCUAAGCACCUGUGCUGUGCGGUGAUCCCUGCCACCUUACCAGGUUGCAUUUGGUUGUCAUAUCUGCUGAGGCUCUGCUUGGCUGUGGGAUGAUCUUGACAGUUUUGAGAAAUGCUGGUGGAGUGUAGGGUGCCCAUCUACUGGAACUGAUGUUUUUCUCCUGAGACCAGGCUCUCGCUUAUUGGAAGACUACUGAGGACGAGAAGCCUCCGUGGGCGCAGCGCGGCCCCUCCCAGCCAAGGGCACCAUGGCCACGUCGGCCCCGCUGCGCAGCCUGGAGGAGGAGGUCACCUGCUCCAUCUGCCUCGACUACCUGCGGGACCCCGUGACCAUCGACUGCGGCCACGUAUUCUGCCGCAGCUGCACCACGGACGUGCGGCCGGCGUCGGGGGGCCGCCCCGUCUGCCCGCUCUGCAAGAAGCCGUUCAAGAAGGAGAACAUCCGGCCGGUGUGGCAGCUGGCCAGCCUGGUGGAGAACAUUGAGCGGCUGAAGGUGGAUAAGGACAGGCAGCCCGGGGACGCGGCCCGGGAGCCGCCGGACACCAGGCUGUGUGAGCGGCACCGGGAGAAGCUGCAUUACUACUGCGAGGACGACGGCAAGCUGCUGUGCGUCAUGUGCCGGGAGUCCCGGGAGCACAGGCCGCACACGGCGGUCCUGGUGGAGAAGGCCGCCCAGCCCCACAGGGAGAAAAUCCUGAACCACCUGAGUACUCUGAGGAGAGACCGGGACAAAAUUCAGGGCUCCCAGGCAAAGGGAGAAGCUGAUAUCCUGACUGCACUGAAGAAGAUCCAGGACCAGCGGCAGAACAUCAUGGCCGAGUUUAAACAGGCGCACGAGUUUCUGCGGGAGCGGGAGCAGCACCUGCUGGAGAAGCUGGAGGUGCUGCAGCAGGAACUGGCGGAGGGCCGCGAGAAGUACAAGAGCAGGGGUGUCACGGAGCUGACCCGGCUGGCGCUGGUCAUCUCCGAGCUGGAGACCAAGGCACAGCAGCCGGCUGCAGAGCUCCUGCAGGACACCAGGGACUUCGUGAACAGGUACCCGCGGAAGAAGUUCUGGAUUGGGAAGCCCAUUGCUCGAGCGGUUAAGAAGAAGACAGGAGAAUGCUCAGAGAAACUUCAGUCCCUGCAGCGAGGCCUGAGAGAGUUCCAAGGGAAGCUGCUAAGAGAUUUGGAAUAUAAGACAGUCAGUGUCACGUUGGACCCGCAGUCGGCGAGUGGGUACCUGCAGCUGUCAGAGGACUGGAAGUGUGUGACCUACAGCAGCCUCUACCAGAGCGCUUACCUGCACCCCCAGCAGUUUGACUGUGAGCCGGGGGUGCUGGGCAGGAAGGGCUUCACCUGGGGCAAGGUGUAUUGGGAAGUGGAGGUGGACAGGGAGGGCUGGUCUGAGGAUGAAGAGGAGGGCGAGGAGGAGGAGGAGGGGGAGGAGGAGGAGGAAGAGGAAGAGGAGGCGGGCUACGGAGUCGGGUACGAGGACUGGGAGACAGAUGAGGACGAGGAGUCAUUAGGGGAGGAAGAGGAGGAGGAGGAAGAGGAGGAGGAGGUCCUCGAAAGCUGCAUGGUGGGGGUGGCCAGAGACUCUGUGAAGAGGAAGGGGGACCUGUCCCUGCGGCCAGAGGACGGGGUGUGGGCACUGCGCCUCUCCUCUGCGGGCAUCUGGGCCAAUACGGACCCCGAGGCUGAGCUCUUCCCGGCACUGCGGCCCCGGCGGGUGGGCAUUGCCCUGGAUUAUGAAGGCGGCACCGUGACAUUCACCAACGCAGAGUCACAAGAACUCAUCUACACCUUCACCGCGACCUUCACGCGGCGCCUGGUCCCCUUCCUGUGGCUCAAGUGGCCUGGGACUCGCCUCCUGCUGCGACCCUGAGCCCACCGCUGCUUCCCUUCUCGGGGAUUCUAGGACCGUGACGGGGAGGGGAUGUCUGGCCGCGGCACCUGGAGCAGGUGCACUCCCCCCACCGCCCCGUGGCUGUGGCCCCACGAGGCUCGCUCAGUGCCGCCACUCCGUCAGACUCGUCCCCCAGCGCCUGGGGGUCCCCGUGCAGACGUCUGACCCCAGAGUCCAUGAGGGCCCUCUGUGGCCUCGGCCCAGCUCUGCACACAUUCUGUUGAACCAGAGACGAGACAGCCUUCCGUCGGCCAAUCUGGCGUCCCGUGCUGGCUGCUCCUGGGAGAGCACAGGUGACUGCACCGAGGCCACUCGCCGUGCCCGGCAUCCCCCUUGCCCACAUCCUCUCCGCUGCUAGCCUUCCCUGCCCCCCACCUCAGAGUCCCCCACGCGAGCAGAGCAGAAGCCCACCACGGUUUCCGGGCGGUUUGAACAAGCUUCCGAGGUGCCGUGGAGUCGCCAAGCCCAGAGCAGGCGCCUCGAUGCUCUGAGACCAGGGUCGAGCGUCUGACGUUUGCACAGGGAAGGACCUAGGACCUCCGGAGCUGCUUGGGGGAGAGCUCUGGAUGCACGUGGCUUUGAGGCCUUGUGUGUGGUCAGUGAUCAGUAAAUGACCUGAGGGUGGGGCUUUGGGAGAUGGUGACAGGAGUCCAGAACACUGUGCUCUUGGUGGGUCGUCUGAAGUCACCAGGGCAGACGCCCGUCCAGGCCAGCCUUCCCUUGGAAGCCUUGGCCCGUGCCCCCUGCACAGUGGAAACUUGGUCCGGAUGACUCUGCAGGCCCCUCCGUCCUGGGACAGGGCAGUGGGGAGAGGAGAGGACGCCAGCAGGGCUCCCGGAGCUCACCUUCGUGUAGAGUGAGGGCUGGACCGCAGCCUCGUGGCGCCUGCACGCUCCCUGCUCCAGCCGGACACCCACAGCCAUUGUGUGCACCCGUCCCAGGCCUGGCAGCAGCGUCCCAUGCCCCAGCACCUUGGCCCCCACAUCACCUGGCAAGGUCCCUGCUAUUUCUGCCUCUAGUUUUGUACCCCCAUGCACCUCCCGCAGGGCUGGGCACACAGCAGGUGCUCAAUAAAGACUUGUGCAAUGAGCA